UUUUUUGGUAAAACCCUAAAAAAACUCUCUGCACACGACAAACUUCAAACAUUCAUUCACCAUCGUCAAAGAAAAGUAAUGGUGGGUAAAAGAGAAGCAACGGAGGACGCAGAGAUUAGCGGCGAAGUGAUAGGCAUCGACCUAGGCACCACCUUCUCCUGCGUCGCCGUCGCUCGAAAGGGUCGCGCCGUCGAAAUCAUAGCCAACGACCAAGGCAACCGGACCACCCCUUCCUACGUCGCCUUCUCCCCCGCCGCCGCCGGCUCCGAACGUCUCAUCGGCGAAGCCGCCAAGAACCAGGCCACUCUCAACCCGCGCGGGACAAUUUUCGACGUCAAGCGACUCAUCGGGAAGAAAUUCGACGACCCAGAAGUUCAGAGAGAUCUAAAGUACUUGCCCUACCCCGUCGUGGAAAGAGAUGGGAAGCCUUGCGUCCAAGUUGAAGUCAACGGCGAGAUGAAAACCUUUACCCCGGAAGAAAUCAGCGCCAUGGUGCUGGGGAGGAUGAAGGAGACCGCGGAACUGUACCUUGGGAAGCAAGUCACCAACGCCGUGGUUAGCGUCCCGGCCUACUUCAACGACUUACAGAGGCAAGCCACUAAGGACGCCGGGAUUAUCGCAGGCCUUAAUGUUUUACGGAUAAUCAACGAGCCUACUGCUGGUGCCCUAGCCUACGGUGUGAACCAGGACCCAAACACAAAAAGGAACAUUCUGGUUUACGAUUUAGGUGGCGGAACGUUCGACGUCAGCGUUUUGGAGAUCGAGGACGGCAUAUUCCAGGUACUGGCCACCGGUGGUGAUACACACCUCGGCGGAGGAGAUUUCGACAAAAGGUUGAUGGAGUAUUUUGUCGAUCUUAUAAAGAAGAGGUACCAAAAGGAUGUUAGUGAAGACAGGAAAGCUUUGGGGAAGCUGCGGAAGCAAUGUGAGAGGGCCAAACGGGUAUUGAGCACUCAGAUGCAGACUAGAGUAGAGAUUGACUCUUUGAUACAAGGGAAUGAUUUUUCUGAGCCGCUGACGAGGGCAAAAUUCGAGGAUUUGAAUUUGGAUUGUUUUGAGAGGACACUAGAAGUGGUGAAGUCGACACUAAAAGAUGCUAAGGUAGAGAAGGACAAGAUUGACGAGAUAGUGUUGGUUGGAGGAAGCACAAGAAUCCCAAAGGUUAGAGAGAUGCUGAAGAAGAUGUUUGAUGGUAAAGAGCCGAGCAAAGGGAUUAAUCCUGAUGAAGCUGUGGCUUAUGGUGCUGCUGUCCUCGGAGGCAAUCUUACUAGCGAUCAAGCUGGAGUUGGUGCUAUUUUAUUGGACGUAACCCCCCUGAGUUUGGGGGUCGGUAUCCAUGGCGAUCUGAUGUCUGUAGUAGUGCCCAGAAAUACACCCAUUCCUACAAAGAAGUCUCGUGGUGGGUACACAACGGUUUCUGACCAGCGAACUAGUCAGAUUUUCAGGGUUUACCAAGGUGAACGAAUCCUGACCAAGGAUUGCCUUAUGCUAGGAAGUUUUACACUAACAGGUAUUCAAGCUGCUCCAAGGGGAGCUAUGCCUAUGGAGGUGACAUUCGAGGUGGAUGCGGAUGGAAUCCUAACCGUCACGGCGAAGGAGGAAGGCACCGGGAAUUCCAAGUCCCUUACAAUCGACAAGUACAAGAGGAAUUUGAGUUCAAGAGAAAUUGAAAGGAUGAUCAGAGAGGCAAGGGAGAUGGCCGACAACGACAAGCAGGAGAAAGCACGUGUUGAAGCAGGAAACCAAUUGGAACGGGACAUUUACGAUUUGAAGAAGGCAGUGGCUGAGAGGAUUCAUAUCUAUGAUGGCGAUAAGGCGGAGGUGGAGAGGGUGCUGAGAGAAACUUCGGAAUGGUUUGAUGACAACAAGAUGAAUGCAUGCAUGCAAGAGUACGAGGACAGAAGUCGGAAGCUAAAAGACUUGUUGACCAAGGUUUCAUCAGAAUGAAAAAGAAAAAAAAAAUCAAGUCAGAAGCAUGCCUGCGUAUGAGUUUUCUCUAUUUUGGGUGAAGCAAGACCAUCUUCAGUUUGACUUUUUUUUUAGUUUUGAACGGCUCAUUCUGGUUAGUGGUGCUUUGCAUCAUUGCUUUCUUCGUCGUACGAUACACUGAAAUCUUAUCUUUAAUUAUACUAGUUUUUUUACCCGCGCUCCGUCGCGGUAAGAAAUUAAUAAUUUCUUUGAAAUUAGAUAAUUCACAUAAUUAUUUUGAUAAGAAGCUAACUGAAAUUUCACGUAUCUCACCAAAAAAACUUAAAUUUCAUGUAUGGUGGUAACAAGACCGCGGUGGAGAGGGCGUCGAGAGAAGCUUCAGACUGGUUUGAUAACAACAAGAGUGCGAGCAUGCAAGAGUACAAGGAUAGUGAAUGGACGGUAUACCAGGCGCGAGGGGCCUGCCGGAUAGGGGCGGGCAUUCGGUCGGUUUGGUUUCGACCGAAUCAAAAUUAUGAAUACCG